CGGACAAACUAUCCAACGCUGUCGAUCCUCCCCCCCCUUCGUCACCUGAGUCCAGGCCUCGGGGACAACGGCUGGAAAGAGUCAGCCCCUUGCCAACUUAGGCCAACUUGGGGGAAUUCCCCAUAUAAUCAUUCCCCGCCCCCGCAUCGCGUGUUGGGAAGAUGGAGUUUCUCAUCUUGGAUGCAACCGGCAUAUUUAAACGUCGAUUAAGUCAACACCCUAUUGGCCAUUGCCACUCUCCUAAAGUAGCUUGACCAUCCACUCGCAACUUGGGGGAUUCUAAGCCUUCUGUAGCGAAGGGACUCUCUGCCCUGUCUUUACACGUCUCGGGAAAUUCUUUUGCGUUUGGAUCAUCAAGAUGGCAACUAAUGGCUACACCAAUGGCGCAACAGAGCGGCCUAGGACGGGUGUGAAAGUAAUAGUGGUUGGUGCCGGAUUCGGUGGCCUAGGAGCAGCGAUAGAAUGCCACCGUCAAGGACACGAUGUCGAGAUAUAUGAGGCGUUCCCAGAACUUAAAUCCCUGGGUGAUAUUAUCUCGUUCGGGCCAAAUGCAGGAAGAAUCUUCUACCGCUGGUCGAAUGGCGAGGUUGCCCGACGAAUGCGGCCCCUGAGCAUCGACUUGAGAAAAUACGGCUUCAACAUCCACAAGUACGAUACUGGCGAAAUAGUUAUUAACCAAAAAACGCCGGAAUACGCAGUAGAUGCCCCAAAUUUCAAUGGACACCGAGGAGAGUUGCACGAAGUAGUUUUCAACUACGCAAAAGACGACCUAGCCAUACCGAUCCAUCUGGGAAAUAAGAUUGAGCAGUACUUCGAGGACGAGAAAGAAGCAGGCAUCGUGCUAGAAAGUGGUGAAAAGAAGAUUGCCGCCGAUGUGGUCAUCGCGGCAGAUGGAGUACGCUCCAAGGCCCGGAAAGUUGUCCUGGGAUACGAAGAUAAACCAAAGAGCAGCGGAUACGCUGUUUGGAGGGCAUGGUUCCCAAAUAAGGACAUGCUUGCUGAUCCAGAGACUGUACAAUUCUGCAACAAUGGCGAUACUUUCAACGGAUGGAUAGGGCCGGAUAUGCACUUCUUAUUUAGCACCAUCAAGAAUGGCUCUGACUGUAGCUGGGUCCUGACGCAUCCCGAUGAGCACGACAUCGACGAGUCGUGGAGUUUCCCGGGCAAGCUCUCGGAAGUAAAAGAAGCAAUAAAAGAUUGGGAUCCGCUAUGCACUCGAAUCGUCUCCAAAACGCCCGAAGAAAUGCUUGUUGACUGGAAAUUAGUCUACAGAGAUCCAUUACCAACUUGGGUCAGCCCCUCAGGGAGGAUUGUUCUACUUGGUGACUCGGCACAUCCAUUCCUCCCUACAAGCGCGCAGGGCGCUACUCAAGCACUCGAGGACGGAGUAGUCAUCGCUGUAUGCUUGCGUCGCGGCGGAAAGGAAAACGUUCCUGUCUCUGUCAGAGCACACGAGAAGAUUAGGUACGAUCGCGUGUGUAAGACCCAGAAGACCGGCGAAAGCACACGAGAUAUGUGGCAUAAGACCGAUUGGGAAAAGGUCAAGAAGAACCCCGAGAUCAUUCAGUUCCCUCGGCAGAGUUGGAUCUUCGAUUUUGACGCGGAGAAAAACGCCGAGGAAUCAUAUGACGAUGUCGUAAAGGAACUUCUCAAGGCAUAGACUAUUUCUCUUUUUGCCUGCUAGAUCGCAUCUGCCUCAAUGACGUUUAUCUGCAGGAUGAUUUUGGAAUAAAGAAAUCAUGUACAUUGCCAAUUCCGAUAGAUAAGAUGUUAAUUAGACGUG